AUGCAAGUUCUACUCGUCUUUCUAUCUGUGACAUUUGCCCUGUCACAUGGGGUUAAGCUUCCGCUCGGUGGAUCCCAAAAUCUUAAUAUCCAGCAACGCAUCUACGGGGGAGAUGUUGCCCAUAAAGGACAAUUCCCAUACAUUGUUUCGUUGGCCAUCAGUAAGCUGCAUGGAAUGUUUGGAUGUGGAGGCUCCAUCAUUGAUAACAACUGGAUUUUGACUGCCGCUCAUUGCACACACAACGCCGUUUCGGUUCAAAUCUUCUAUGGUACAACGGAAAAAUGGAAGAGUCAAAUUAGUCAUAAUGUCAGUUCCGAUAACAUUAUUGAGCACGAACUUUACAAUGAUUUCACGCUCUUGAAUGAUAUUGCCCUCAUUCGCACACCUCGUGUGGAGUACUCGGAGUUGAUUAAUAAAGUGUCACUUGCCGAUCGUGAUAAUGACUACGAAGGAGCGUGGGCUGUAGCCAGUGGAUGGGGUGAAAUUGAGAAUAAUUCAAAGCUACAGUUUGUCGGCUUGCAGAUUGACCGAAAGAGUUCGAACACCAUUAUCAGAAGCACAAUUUCGGAUGGCAAAUCCUGCGGCAGUGGUGACUCUGGCGGCCCAUUGGUCACUCAUGAUGAUCCCAAACUUAUUGGUGUUACCUCAAAAGGACAACCAGGUGUUUCCACUUACUUUACUCGAGUUAGCGCUUAUCUGGACUGGAUUCGUAGUCACACUGGCCUAGAAUAG